AUGGCCACGAGCGAACCUAAUUUCUACCUAUUCGGCGGAUAUAAAUCAUGGAACGAGAACGCAUGGAGCUCCUCAGACGACCGCGUCCGCGGCGGCAAGAGCAAGAGCUACCUAGAGUGCUCGCCGGAGUCAAACACGGUCACGUUCCACGGCACGCUGGACAUCAGCACCCUCAAGGGCGCCGGGUUCGCCGCCCAGCGCACCGUCGACCCGCAGAGCUGGGACCUGUUCGACUACCAGGGCCUGCGGCUCGGCGUCGGCAAGGCCGACGCCAAGAGAUACACGCUCGUGGUCAAGGACGAGGUGCCGCCGCCGCCGAAGGGCUCGGGGGCGGACGCGCGCGAGGAGAGCAGUAGCAGCAGCAGCAGCAGCAGCACCGUCAGCUGGGAGUUCGACUUCGUGCCGCCCGUCGACGGCGAGGUCAGCGUGCGCUGGGAGGACUUCAAGCCCACUUUCUUCGGCGCACAGGAAGGCCCUUUCAAGCUGGAGUUAAGGUAUAUCGCGGCGAUCGAACCGGAGGAUAAGCCAUCCGAGGAUAAACCGGAAGAAUGA